GGUGAAAACGGUGGAACUAGGUUGUUGUACAACAUAUAUAUAUUAGUAACAUUCACGCGGCAUUUUGAGUUGUUGUUCUGGUUACUGUGUUGUUGAUUGCCAAAGUCAUGCUAUCAUCGUGGGUGCUCAAAGAGACUAAUGCCAAACCUGAGGAUUUGGCAAACAUCGCCAGAUUGGCAGAGCAAGCAGAGCGCUAUGACGAUAUGGCAGCUGCUAUGAAGCUUUAUACUGAGAAGAAGGAGCGGUUGGAAAAUGAGGAACGUAAUUUACUAUCUGUGGCGUACAAAAAUGUUGUUGGAGCCAGACGAUCUGCAUGGAGGGUGAUUUCAGCAAGCGAAGCCAAAGCAGCCAGCCACCCUAGACGUAAGCAAAUUGCCGAGGAGUGUCGAAUUAAAAUGGAAGAGGAGCUGAACGAGAUAUGCAAGGAGGUUUUGACAUUAAUAGAGAAGUAUUUAAUGCCAAAUGCGGAUAGUGAUGAAAGCAAGGUAUUCUACAAAAAGAUGGAAGGUGAUUAUUACCGUUACCUUGCUGAAGUCAAGCCUGUUGAUAAACGAGAAGUUGAGGUUACUAAGUCCCUAAAUGCUUAUAAAAUGGCCACUGAAAUAGCCAACGAGAAGCUUCCUACUACUCACCCUAUUCGCCUCGGUUUGGCUCUCAACUUUUCAGUCUUCUACUAUGAGAUAAUGAAUAGCUGUGACAAAGCUUGUACUCUUGCACGCGAAGCUUUUGAUGCGGCGAUUGCAGAACUAGAUCAGCUGCAAGAUGAAUCGUACAAAGAUAGCACACUUAUAAUGCAACUGCUGAGAGAUAACUUAACGUUAUGGGCCACUGAUGCUCAAUGUGCAGACGAAGUGGAGGCCGGUGACAGCUGAAUUUCGCCAUGUAUAAAUCACACUAGCCGUCAUAUUAUACAAGAUCUUUAUUUGA